GGUCCUGGUCGGCGACGCCCUGCACGCUUUUCCGCCAGACCUGGGGCAGGGCGUGAACAGUGCGCUGCAGGAUGUCAUGGUCCUGAAGGAGGCCCUCGACGCAGAGGGCGACGAGCACCCCUCCAGAGCCGCCGCCAGAUUCCAGGAGGCGCGCGUGCCGGAGGCCGCCGCCCUGGUGGAGAUGAUGCGGGUGGCCGCGCCGUACCAGUACUCCCAGUCUGCCUGGGGCUACCGCCUGUGGACCACCCACCGCCAGAGCGUGUCCAUGUCCACCGCUUCGGAGCCGUGCCCCAGGACCUGGUCGUUCUUGGCGCGGCUGCUGCUCAACAAGGUCUCGAAGGCGUUCCCGCUGCCCGCGUUUAUGCAGGUUCAGGAUCCCGAGCUCAGCUACUCCGAGGCCUGGCGGCGCGGCCGCACGGGCGCGCGCCGGGCCCGGCUAGCCGCCGCUGCGUUGCUGAUGGCCUGUGGCGCGACGAUCGUUCGGCUGGCACCGUGAGUCUGGCGGCUUCGUGUCGGCGGCCAUCCCAUCGCAGGCGAUUUCUCGCUCUCAACCCCGAGUGUUCACCGCAGCGUCAGACCUCGCCCGUCCCACGAGAGCGCCGCCCAGAGGACGGGUGCCGGCGGAGCAGCCCGCCGGCGGAGCGGCCCGCCGGCGGAGCCCGGCCCCCUCCGCAGCGGUCUGCCGGCCGAGCGGUUCGGGCGGCGAAGCGGCCUCGUGCCGUGGUCUCCUGGGAGCCCACGCUGCGAUACAUGAGGAGGAGGAGGAGGUGGCGUUCGUGCCCCCCCCCUCCCCCCCCUCCGGCGCACCCUCGCUUGCCGGCCGCGCGGGGUGGCCGCGCGGCGGGCCGCCGCAGGAGCGGCGGGGCCGGUUUUCGCGGGCCCCGCCGUGCGGCCCCGGGAGGCAGAACGGGCGGAGCGGGGCUUCGGAGUUUUCCUCGGCCGCUCGGUGGUGGCCGCGGCGCCCGGGAUCGGAGCGCGGCAGCAAGAGCA